AUGGAGAAAACGAAUCUGCAAUCGGUUUCGACCGAACAAGCUUUUGAAAUUUUUCGAUCCGGUGAUAUGUCGUAUUCAAAAAUUGGUUCAUCAUCUCGUUGUCAUGCAUGUGAUCAAAUUGGCGAUAUAUCAACUCAGUUAUUUUAUACGAGUUGUGAUAGGCAUUAUUGUAAUGGGCAUUAUUGUUUAAUGUUAGAGGCAAAUGUUGUUGUUAGAUGGAAAUGUCCCGAUUGUAAAGUUUGUCAAACAUGCAGCAAGCUACAUCCAGACAAUGUUCACGAUGCCAAAAAAGAAGAUGAUAUUCGACAAACAAUAAUAAGACAUAAUAAAAAAUAA